AUGUUGAAAUACCGUCGGUACCCCCGCGACGGAUCGAGAUCGGGAUGCUUGAACCAUGUGGUCGAAGACAUCGGCGUCUUCCUUCUCGUUGUGGAGCUUGACCUGGCCAUGCUCUCCCUCACCGGGUUGGGCGAUGGCCCCGGGGGCCUGGGAACCGGCAGGGUCAACAGCGCGAGUGAUAAGCGCGACAGGCAGGUUGAAGCAUUGAUCAGAAAGUCUGUCGACUUGGACAGUGUCCAACCAGCCGUGGAUUUUCCCUUGCACCUAGCAACACUCCAAGGGAAACUAGUGAUACUGGACAUCAUCCAAUGCUUCGCCUUCAUCUAG